CUUGAUGGCUUGGUUGUCUUGUGAAUGCAGAGUCCUUGACAGCCCUAUUCAAGCAUAUUGGGAGUGUUGAGGACCCAAGUCAAGAUGACACUAUUCGUGACAAGGUCUUGUGCUUUAUAAGAGAUAAGGUUUUUCCUCUUAAAGCUGAACUCUUGAGACCUCAGGAGGAAAUGGAAAGGCAUAUAACGGAUUUGAUUAAAAAGAGUUUAGGAGAUGUAACUGGAGCCGAAUUCAGAAUGUUUAUGGACUUCUUAAAAAGUUUGAGCAUAUUUGGGGAGAAAGCUCCUCCUGAGCGCUUGAAGGAACUUAUUGGAAUAAUUGAAGGGCAGGCUGAUUUAGAUGCACAAUUUGAUGUUUCAGAUGCAGAUCAUAUUGACAGGUUGAUAUCAUGCCUGUUCAUGGCUCUGCCGUUUUUUGUGAGGGGUGCAUCUGGCAGCAAGUUCCUCAACUACAUAAACAAGCACAUUAUACCUGUUUUUGAUAAGGUGAAUACUAUUUUGUGACCUCAACUACUGCUG